UCACCCUCUCGACGGUUUGCUCAACCUUGACUGAGUCACGAGCGUCAGGGGGCGUCUUCAAAACCAGCAAACUCCUGGAACCUUGGAACAUUCGACGAGAUGCAACGACCAAGUUUGGCGGCCUUCCUCGUCCUCGUGUGCGCCGCCGCCUCGCUGGUUAGCGGGCUGGAUCCCAGGGGACCGCGGCCCAUGGAGCCCAACACCCGCUCGGACAAGUGCGCCACCCAGAAGGAGUGGCCGUUCUGCACCGACGAUGACUGGGGUCCCAAGUGCCCGUCUGGCUGCAGGAUCCAAGGUCUGAUGGACCACCAAGAUCACAGCCUACAGAAGAAAAUCGAGAAGAUACGAACUUUAGUGGGGCAGAAGCAAGACGGGCAUCACUCGGCCGAUCGGGUGACCAAGCAAACGUACGACUACCUGAAGGAGAAGCUCAUCCUGAACUCCGGUCAAGACGACCGCUACUACAACUUGGCGCAGAGCCUUCGCCAGAGGAUCUCCGACAUGAAGGUGAAGAUCGACAGGCAGCUGCGGGUCCUGGCCGCCCUCCGCGACCGGGUGACGGAUCAGGUGGCCGACAUGCAGAAUCUGGAGGUGGACAUCGACAUCAAGUUGCGUUCCUGUAAAGGUUCUUGCAAGACUUACUCCGAGUACCAGGUGGACCACGACAGCUACGUGGCUCUGGACAAACAGAUGAAUCAGCUUCAGGCCCAGCAGGUGCAGAGCAUCCAGUCCGUGCGCCAGCUGGAAGUGAUGCAAAGCAGGCCGUUGCAAGAAACGCUGCCAGGCGGUAUCUACAAGACUAAGGGUGUGCAAGACAUCUUCCGCGAGGUGAAAUCGCUCAAGUUGACACUCGAGGAGGAAGGUUCCAACUCCUCUCCUGCAACCAUCUCGAAAGUUCCAGGUACUUCCAUCUUUGCAUCAGGCUCCUCCGCGUCCAUCUCUGAAAUCUCAGGAGGCCCCAAUGGAGACUUGUUUGGUGGCGGUGGCAACUUUGAAGACGGGCACCUUCCCAGUAUCGACUCAAACAAUUGCGUGAUAACGACCAAGAAAACCAUGGAGAUGACUAACGACGGCCCCGUGGAAAAGCUAGUGGAGACCAGAGAGGGCGGUCCUGCCUGUCAGGGGGUGUCUGGCACCACGGGAAAGCUGGAUUCCGUCCUGAGUCACGUCUCCACCAACAUCAAGACCGUUAACGUGGGCGGCGUCAAAGGAAGCCAAUCAGAUACUAAAACCGGCUUCUCGGAGACCUUCAAAGAGCUGGGCUUCGACAUGGGAAAGUUCCUUAGUGACCACAUUGACGACGACAUUCCCGACGGGUACGCUCGCAGCAUACAAAGCGCGCACGUCCAACGCCACAGCGAUUACACGGGAAAAGAUUGCGUGGAUAUCUUCCACAAGCACAGCCGAGGGGAAACAAGCGGCAUGUUUAACAUCAAAGCCUCUGCCACCGCCGCCCUCGUGGGGGUUUACUGCCUCCAGGAGGGGCUGUUGGGCGGCUGGUUGUUAGUCCAGCAGAGAGAGAACAGCUUGCUCAACUUCAACCGAACUUGGGUCGAAUAUCGCGAAGGUUUCGGAAGUGUGGACGCGCAGGGGAGGGGGGAGAUGUGGCUCGGCAACCAGAACUUCCACUUGUUGACCAACCAGGGUGAGACCCUGCUAAGGGUGGACAUGCAGGAUGGGGAGGGGGGCGUAACUACUGCAGAAUACAUCGUUAAGGUGGGUCCCGAGGAGGAGGGGUACCCAUUACAUGUUUCUGGCUACAGCGGCACCUCAGGAGACGCCCUUACAGAGCCCGACGCGGCAUCCUCUGUGUCCCACAACGGGAUGAAGUUCAGCACCUGGGACCGAGACAACGACACAGGGGUGGGAAACUGUGCAGCGACACACGGUGGAGGCUGGUGGUAUAACAACUGCCAGUCGGCCAACCUCAACGGGGGCGACGGAGCGGUAUGGGCCGGUCGCCGCCUUAAGAGUGUGCAAAUGUUUGUGCGACCUGCCACACUGUGACCUCCUGGGCUGUCAUUUGGUUGUGUUGACGUUCCACCCCAACUUUCCAGAAUGUUCUGCACUGAACUCAAUAAAGUAUCAAUGGUCACCUCA